GCUCCUGACCACUAGCCAACUCGGUCUUGCCUGCUCACGGGGAGACAGCCCCAAAGCCACCACGUGGCUCAUCCCCUUUGGUUACACAGAUGAGGAAACUAAGGAAAGGAGGACCACAGACCCAGAGGAGGUGGUGGUGCCAGAGCUGGAGCGCCAAUAACCUGAGAGGCAUUCCUUCUGCGACGCCGCCUCGCCAUCCCGGUGUGAGGGCCCGUUCCUUCGUUCACAUCAUAAAAAUAACACCAUCACAUUGCACUCGCUCUGGAACCGGCAACUGUUCUCAGCACUUAACGGAUAUUGACCCAUUUAAUCUUCACAGCAACCCUUCGCUCCACUUUGUAGUUGAGGAAACAGAGGCACAGAGAAGUUAUAUGACUUGCUGCACAUCUAAUAUCUACUGAUGGAGCACCUGCUAUGUACCAGGCUGUCCCACGCGACAGAGAUAGAGCUGUGAACAAAACAAAGUUCCUGUCCUAGAAAGCUUACUGUCUAGACAUAGGACGUUCUUGUAGACAAUGUCAGGUGGCUGGGAAAAUGAGGCAGGGAGAAGGGAUGGAGUAGAAGCCCUUGGAGACCGAUAUGAAAAGGAAGAGCAAAUCAUAUUUGCUAAUACUAAGGAAUGAACCCUGGAGCCCAGUGCUCCUAAAGAUCUUCGUAAGAGCUCUGAGUGCGGUACAAAUUAUUCUUUUUGUGUUGUCCUGUGGCUAGACCAGAACCCCGGAGCCUAAGAUGGAGGUCAAGGAGGAGAAUUUUCUGAACGCCAUUGAGAGCUAGCAGCCUGCAACGCUGCACAAGCCCCUGUCCCUUUCACCAUUAGCCGAAUACUUAUUAAUGCCCUGCUCUGCGGACCAGCUCACAGGCUUCUUGCGGAGCCUACACGAGAAGGGCGUGGACGAACCCUGUAAACAGUUCAGCUCGGCGGGGAGCACCGCCCCGCACCCCCGGGAACACAGCCGGUGGGCCCGCGGGCGUCGCAGGGCACGCGCACGGUCGGCCCGGCUCGCCAGGCUCCACAUCCGGGGCUCGGUGGGCCGGCGCGGUUGCUAUAGCAGCGGGGUCGCGGCGCGCGCGCGGGCUGACCCGGAGGCUGCAGGCGGCCCGCGGAGCCCCAGAGCCGGACAGCCGCGCCGCCAUGUCUCUGGGCACCGGGGAUCCGGCCUCGGAGACGAGAGCAAAAAGGAAAAGUUUCCACAAGCCUCCCCCCACAUCACCAACACACGUGUUGAGGGGGCAUUGACAUUUUGCUCCUCUAAAACCACGUGUUGGCUUCUAGAGUCACCGUAUCACUCUAAGCCGAGGAAAGUGGCAUCCUGGAGAUCUCUGAAGACAGCAGCGAGCCUGCCCCUUGGCAACAGAAUGUCCUUAACCCCACAGAAGCUGUGGCUGGGAAGCCCAAAGCAAGGCCGUGUUCCUGGGAGCCCUGUGUACAGAGAGAAAGAAGCCAUGUAUGACGAGAUUAUCGAGCUGAAGAAGUCACUGCACACUCAGAAAAGUGAUGUGGACCUGAUGAGGACAAAGCUUCGGCGCCUUGAGGAGGAGAACAGCAGGAAGGACCGGCAGAUAGAGCAGCUUUUGGACCCGUCCCGAGGCCCAGAUUUUGUUCGGACUCUGGCAGAGAAGAGGCCUGAUACUGGCUGGGUCGUUAAUGGGCUCAAGCAGAGGGUGCUGAAGCUGGAGCAGCAAUGCAAGGACAAGGACAGCACUAUCCACAAACUGCAGACUGAUAUGAAGACCACGAACUUGGAAGAGAUGCAGAUUGCCAUGGAGACGUACUACGAGGAGAUUCAUCGUCUCCAGACUCUCCUGGCGAGUUCUGAAGCGACAGGAAGGAAGCCUCCCAUGGAGAAGAAAAGUGGCCUUAAAAGGCAGAAAAAAAUGAGCAGCGCCCUCCUGAGCUUGUCCCGGAGCGUCCAGGAGCUCACGGAGGAGAACCGGACUCUGAAGGAGGACCUGGACCGCGUGCUGAGCAACUCGCCCACCGUCUCCAGGACAAAAGGUUACACGGAGUGGAGUAAGCCCCGGCUGCUAAGACGGAUCGCAGAGCUGGAGAAGAAGCUAAAUUCGAUGGAAAGCCCCAGAUCCCACGCUUCAGAAGCGGACAGCUCAGACCCUCUGGGUCACUCUGCUUCCAGCUCUGCGGUGCGCGGGCAGCCGCGAUCCGAGGCCCAGGAGGAGAGCGAGCGUCUCCGGGGUGCCGUGAGGAGCCUGAGAGGCGAGCGGAAGGCCCUGCAGGCGCAGCUGCAGGAAAGAGAGUACGUAGCGCGGGCGCCGCAGGCACCUCUCCGCUCCCAGAGGAGAGGUGUCCCUGCCAGGCUUAGACCACCUUGUCAGCAUGGGGGAAGUGCUCCGCUCAUGGUAGCAGCUGCAUACAUACUUUUAUGUGGCUCUAAAAUGUAUAUUUCAGUCGUAAAGGACAGCCAGCCCGAGUCAGAACCACAGGGUCCUGGCUCCAUAGACCAUGGGAAACAGAAAAUCCUCAAGGGACUCCCUGGAGUUCGGCAGGCUGGAGACAGUCCCGGUGUCCGUGACGCCAGUGUAGCCCUGCAGUUACCUCCCCAGGAGCAGCCCCGACCUUGUCGUCCUGCUAGCAGUCCCUCUCAGCAGGAUGACACUGGUGCCCCCUGCACCUGCUCGGAGGGGCGGAGACAGGCCGCUGCCAGGCUCCUGCAGGCCCGGUGGAAGGCGUACAGGCACCAGAAAACAAAAGCUGUUCUGGAUGAGGCAGCUACUGUGCUGCAGGCAGCUUUCAGGGGACAUCAAGCGCGGGUGAAGCUAUUAUCAAGCAAGGUGUGUGGUUCAGAAUCUCCCAGCAUGCCCGGCCUCCCCAGCCAGGGAAGAGGCGAGGGGUACAGUGUCCAGGCAGGCGCCCUGAAACGGGGCCUGGCCCUGGGCAGUUGGUGUGACCCAUCUCCCUCUCUGGUUCGUUUCAGCCGAGUCCCCUCCCUCGGGGCUGCAGCCCGUGGUGCCUCCACAGACGGAAGACGUCAGCUCCGACGACUCUGACGAAAUUGUCAUUGCCCCAUCGCUGGCCGUGAAGAAAAGUGUCCCCCUGCCCUAGGUCCCCAUGGGUGCAGCUCACGUGUGGGGUCUGUUGGGGGCAGGUUAGGUUCAGAGGACAAAGCACAUGUGGGAAGACAACACAUAAAACGGGAAAGCAGUCGGUCUUGCUGGAGCAAACAGUGCCCGCUUCCCACCUCCACUCCUCCCCCGGCUUUCUCGUCCGCGCUGCUUGUUUGGUUGUUAGGAGUCCUGAACGCCUUCGCCUUGUCUUUGGGGAGGGUGGGUGGUUGCAUCGCCCCCUCAUCUCCAGCUGCGGUUCACAUGGUGAUUUUAGUGCCAGACAGACACAUCACCCAGAGCUGGGGGGAAGCCAGGGAGCCCCGCAAAGAUGCGUUUUUACAGCAACUGACUGGCCACCUUGGCCUUGACCUGGAAAAAAGUCAAGAUGGGGACCUGGCUGGUUGAAUCUUUAUCUGGUCUGUGAGCUGCCAAAUCAAUUUUCUUACUCCCACUGGA